AUGGUGGUUCAAUUCUCCAGAAUUCUCAGACAUGCUGCCAACACGGCAGGUAGCGGGAAUCUGGUUUUCUCGCUCAUGACACCGCAUACAACGCUCGUGAGCAAAAAGGUCGUGAAGCAGGCCACUUUGCCAGGCUCUGAGGGAUACUUCACGGUCACAAAGGGCCACUCUGCCAUGCUCAGCAACCUUAAACCCGGCGUUGUGUCGGUUGUUUGCGGAGAUACCGGCGAAGUUGCCAAGUAUUUCCUGUCGUCUGGAUUCUUCAAAAUAUCAAGCGUAGACGGCGACAGUGUAGCGGAGGUGUCAGCAGUAGAGGCUGUGCCAGUCGACCAAAUUGACAAGGACCGGGCCACUCAAGUACUGCAGGAGCUGCUGGCAGAGGCACAAGGAUCCACCGACCCCUGGAUAAAAGCCAAGGCAGUGCUCGGACAGGACCUCUGUGCCGCUAUAAUCAAAACCGUGUAA